GGGGAUGGGGGUCACUGUGGACGUGCACCAGGUGUACAAGUACCCCUUCGAGCAGGUGGUCGCCAGCUUCCUCCGAAAGUAUCCCAACCCCAUGGAUAAAAAUGUCAUCUCUGUCAAAACUGUGGAAGAAAAAAGAGAUGUAUCAACAGGAAUCAUCUAUAGAAAGAGGAUAGCAAUCUGUCGAAACGUGGUUCCAGAAAUUUUAAGGAAGGUGAGCAUUUUAAAGGUACCCGAUAUCCAGUUAGAAGAGGAAUCAUGGCUCAAUCCUCAGGAAAGAAACAUGGCUAUACGGAGUCACUGCCUUACGUGGACACAGUAUGCCUCCAUGAAGGAAGAGUCUGUCUUUCGGGAAAGUAUGGAGAACCCAAAUUGGACAGAGUUCAUUCAAAGGGGCAGGAUUUCGAUCACAGGGGCUGGCUUUCUCAGCUGCGUUUUGGAAACUUUUGCAGGCACAUUCUUAAGACAGGGAGCCCAGAAGGGAAUUAGAAUAAUGGAGACGCUGCUGAAGGAGCAGUGUGGUGCCCCCUCCGCUGAAUAAGGAGCCAUCAGGGAGCUGUGUUGUGUCUGCUUUUGCUACAGAAUCUCUCCUCGGACACAACAUGUCAACGACACAGUUUUCCAAAUACAGGCUCAAGGAUGCAGUAUCUGUCGGCAGCUUUCAGAAGAGGAGACUCUUCCUGCCCGGAGAUGAAAUGACACUCUCCCUUGGGAGCCAGCCUCAAAUAGCCACACUCAUGGAGAUGAGUCCUUCUAGCUGGAAUUUUAUAGCACAGACUCUACGAUUUUACAAAUAAAGGGAAAACCCAUAGAAGGUGAUAUCGCCCUUCUUCACGAAGUCCUGCCGUUGCCCGGUGAUGAUGUCCUGGCAGCCAAUGACAGGCCUGGAGACCGGUGUUUGUGCCUUGAUGUUAUUUGUAUCAUUGGUCAUAGGAUUCAUGAGAGGAUUCUGGGAAAAAUGAAGGAAUCAAACCCGACACCUGUUUCCCAGGGUGGCCUGGAAUAGACAGGAACGUGCCAGACCUGAGUUCAAGUGAAGCCACCUUUGCAGUAAUGUUGAAGAUUCUUGGAAAUCAGGAGCAUUUGAGUUAGAGCCACGAGUACUGCAGAGCUGCCAUCAGUACAGCUUUUAUCAUGUAACAUGUGAGCUGUGUAUGGUCUGCUGGGAAUACAUGGGAUGGAGAAUAGGAAUAUACGCAUAAUCUUGGCUCCGACUAACUCAUUCUGAGAUGUGAAACAGAUCGUAACCCCUCUAUUUCACUGGGAAAGUGGGGCUAAUCAGGCACAGAUCUUACUAGCUGUGGGUUGUGAUGAUUAAACAAGGUAUUUGGUGUGAUAAGCACAGAUUCGGGAGUCAGACAGACCCGGGUUUGAAUCCAAGCACUUCCACUCAGGAGCUCACUAGAACAUAAUUUUAAAUCUUUACAAAGCUCAUUUUUUUAAAUUGUAAAAUGGGGUGAACGAAUUAACUUUGUGAGGUUGUGGGACCAAUUUUGGACCCUAUAUAUAUAAAGUGCCUAACAUUCCUGGUACAUAGUAGAAGUCCAUUAAAUAGAAGCCAUUCUUAUUCUUAUGAUG